GUGAAUGCAUUGGGACGGUGAGCUGGAACUCGCCAUAUCUUGGAAAGAUUCCUCGUUUUUGUUUUUUUACAGUGAUUGCAUAGUUCGUCUUGGAAUCAGAAUGGAGGGGCGACACGAUAGUUCACCCAUGCAGGCUUUCGAUAAGGACGUUUUGGAAAUGACUUGUGAAGAUGUUUAUGACAUUUCUUACGUGAUCGGCAGAGAUUUAUUAAAAGUCAACACGGGUAGCCGGGAGUUCUCGGAUUUACAGUUCAAAAUCGUCCGUGUGUUGGAGAUGUUUGAGACCAUGGUGAACAAAUACAACCUGUCGCUGGAGGAGCUGAGGAUGGAACUGGAGAAUAUGAAGCGAGAAAUGGAAAGAGUUGUAGCAGAAGGUUCGAGUGGUAAUGUUAACACUCAGACUGUUGGGCCAAACAAACUAGUCGUGGACUUAAAAGACCCAAACCGACCCCGAUUCACCAUGCAGGAGUUAAAGGAGGUUCUGCAGGAGAGAAACAAACUCAAAGCCCAGCUGCUGGUGGCCCAAGAGGAGCUACAGCUCUACAAGAGUGGGGUCCUGGGAUCAGAAAAGAAGAUGGUGGAAGUAAACCUGGAGACCCUUCCUCAGUCAGAAGCUGCACCGUCCAGCGUUAUAGAGGAGAACAAAGAGAAGAGCACCAUUCAGAAACUAUUCUCGUUUCGACAAAAAUAGUGGCCAGGAUUUGGCACAAGCUAAAACACAUUUGAGACAAGCAAAGCCCCUUCCAACAGACUGAGGAGAGAUGGGAACAAGUGAUCUCACUAUUAUAUUUUUUUUAACAAUACUGACCCAUUUGUGGCUGGAAAUCCUCCUACUCGGUGUUUUUAAUUGUGUACAUUUUUAACUCUGGUGUUGUGUGUGAAGACAAACAUGAAUGACUAGAUGUCAGAAACUCAAAUGUCUCUAAACACCUCUAGUAGCUAAUACACAUUUGCAGACCAUUUGAAGCAUACUAGAUUAACAUUAACAUUCUUCCAUUACCACAGUAUCUUUUACUGAAAUAUUAUGACAUUACUAGAAUCAAUUUUAUAUCAGUCAUUUUAUGAAUAGCACAGACACAUUUAGGUACUAUUUUGGUGAUAGUACUAAACCUAAUUAAAUCUGCUGAAACUUAUAUUAUUGAUAUAUAUUAUUAUUAUUAUUAUUGAUGACUUAUAUUAUAUAUAUUGAUUUAUAUGUAUAUAUAUGCCAUAUGAGGCUCUAAGAUCUUAUUUGAGUGCUUACUGAAUUAGAAAACCUCUUCAGUCUGUAUCGGUUGCAACGGCUGACAAGCUUUAGGACA